AUGCUCCUCCUUCUUCUUCUGGGGGGACUCGGCGUCGGGGGUGCCAUGAUUCCCACCAACACCACCUUUAUUUCCCAGCUCGACCGCGCCCUCGCCCACGACACGCGCCAGUUUGGAUGGGCGAUGCAGGCUGCGUACGAGGGCCUGACUUUCUUUGACAACUUUGUCUUCUUUUCGGCAGAGGACCCCAACCAUGGGAUGGUUCAGUACGUCCCACACGACGUCGCAUUCGGUGAAGGCCUGGCGUUCUGGACACAGAAUGGGACCCCAGGUAUCCAGGUUGAGCACUGGAAGAACCUCCCUGUCGGCGAGAAGCGGCACAGUGUCCGCAUAACCAGUAAGACGGCAUUCGCUGGUGGUCUGUUCGUUUUUGACCUGGCCCUGCUGCCGCAUGGAUGCGGUGUGUGGCCUGCAGUGUGGAUGCUCGGCGCCGGCAACAACUGGCCCUACUCGGAGGGCGUGCACGACCCGCGCCAGAACCAGAUGACGAUCCACGCUGCUCCCGGAUGUACGCUUAACGGCGACACGAGCGCGUACACUGGCACGCUGCUGAACGAGAACUGCGACUCGAGCAAGGGCAGUGUCGGGUGCAGCAUCCGCUCAGACAGCAACGUCAGCUACGGUGACGGGUUUAAUACGGCCGGCGGCGGCAUCUUUGCUCUCCUCUGGGACGGUAACGGGCUCAAGAUGUGGAACUGGCAGCGGUCUGCCAUCCCGCUCGACCUCACUGCCCGUGCUCCCCAGCCGCUCACAUGGUCCAAGCCGGUGGGCGUGUUCGACCGCGCCACGUGCAACCCUUACACCUUCUUCCACCCCCAGGUCAUCAUCCUCAACGUCAACCUGUGUGGCGACUGGGCAGGAAGCACGUACGCUUCCUCUGGCUGCCCCUACACGUGCGCAGACCGUAUCGCCGACCCCAAGAACCUCGUUAAUACGGUUCUGAUCGUCAACUCGAUCGUCGUGUACCAGCAGACAGACGGGCAGAGCAGCACGAGCUCGGCGGGCGGUUUUGACUCGGCGGUCGGCGCAUCGGGACCUAUCAACCCACUCCACCAUCGCGGCCAGGCUACACGCAGUGAGGCCAAUAUCUGGCUGGCCGUUACUGCGGCCAUGUUCGGCGCCAUGGUCGUCUAA